GCCGCUGACCUUGCAUGCAUUUCCGUCUCCGUUGGCACCGACCGUGCUCGUUCCUCUCAGUAGUCUCCUCCUCUGUUUAACUGUACCCUCCGCCGACUGCACGCCACACUCCUACGCUGAUUUCUACGACGAGCCAUGGCCACAACACCCGUCACCGCCGACUUCUCCUCCCCGCCGCUCAAACGCAGCAAGAUCGUGCUCCUCGGCGACCAGAGCGUUGGCAAGACCAGUCUUAUCACAAGAUUCAUGUACGACACGUUUGACAACACAUACCAGGCGACGAUUGGGAUUGAUUUCCUGAGCAAGGCGAUGUAUCUGGAGGAUCGAACAGUUCGGCUACAGCUAUGGGAUACUGCGGGACAGGAACGGUAUCGGUCACUGAUACCCUCAUACAUUCGUGACUGCUCCGUAGCCAUCGUGGUGUUUGACAUAACAAAUCGGCAAUCCUUCCUCUCCACGUCAAAGUGGAUUGACGAUGUACGGUCAGAACGAGGGAAUGAUGUCAUCAUUGUGCUUGUAGGGAACAAGGCAGACUUGUCGGACAAACGGCAAGUGACACUGGAAGAGGCUAACGCGAAGGCUGCACAGCUUGAGAUUAUGUUUAUGGAGACAUCUGCGAAAGCGGGUCACAAUGUCAAGAGCCUCUUCAAGAAGAUCGCCAUGGAGUUAGUAGGAAUGGAGAAGGAGACCGAGGUUACAGAGACACAAAACACCAAAAUUGAUGUGACAGCACCACCCGCAAACGAAAUUCCGGACGCUGCAUCAUGCCAAUGUUGACAUGUUGACAUCACUUGAGUUGAAGGUGUUUUGUUGCGUAUAUGCUGUGUGC